AGAUCCGUGUCGAUAAAUACGGUUUCUGCGCGGGUAGCGUGCGCUGCUGGAGGAGGAGGCACAGUUCACUGCACGCUGUCAGAGCGGGCUUGAAAGGGUCGCUCCGCGCAUCUUGUCAGCAUGUAGUACGGGCUGAACUGUUGAACGCACGCCGCCUGUCCUACCACGACUUUAGGGACAGAGGUUUCCCUUCUCCUCCAGUCAGUGAACAGUGCGCAGUGUCCAGCGGUGGUUCUUCGGCUCCAGAGAAAACAAGUGCACUCUGUUCCCAGCCUCCUUCCAACAGGUGCUUUGGUGACUUCCUGCUGUGAACUUGGCACUUCCAACUCCGAAGCCCACUGGGAGGUCUGAAGCAACCUUUGAAGGCCUCUGGUAUGAAGUUGGUCAGCAGCAGGCUUAGAGAGAUGAAGACAUGUGUCCUGUUUCUGGCAGCUCUGCUGCUCCCCAGCAUCCAAGCAGAGUGUCCGGAUAAGGAGCCAGGACUGCAGCCAUGGAUGCCAGGACACAGUGAAGACCACCGUGUUACUAUUGGUUAUGGCAGGAAGGUCCUCCUCACAACUUCAGCUACAGUCCACUCCAUCGAGAUUCUCAAUGGAGGAAAGCUGGUGAUUGCUGACACCAACAGGCCCAUAGUGCUUCGAACAAAACACAUUCUGAUUGGAAACAAAGGGGAACUGCACAUCGGAAGCCCAGACUGUCCUUAUAAAGGCAACCUCACCAUUUCCCUAUUUGGAAGAUUGGAUGACAGUGAUCAGGAACACAGUUACUUUGGCCGGAAGUACAUAGGUGUGGGGACCGGAGGUACACUUGAGAUCCAUGGAGGAAAGAAGCUGUCAUGGACUUUCCUCAACAAGACCCUCCACCCUGGAGAGAGCAACCAAAACAACUACCUGUUCCAGAGAAGCUGGGGGAACCGAGGCAUCAUUAUCCACGUCAUUGACCCUAAGUCCGGAGAGGUCCUGCAUGAUGACAGGUUUGACACAUAUCGCAGUAAGGACGAGAGUCGUCGUCUUGCAAAGUAUGUGGAUAGUGUGGAAGAGGGACUCAUAAUGGCCAUGGUAGUCAACGAUGAGGGCUCAAACAACUUGGAGGACUCAGCCAAGACGAGCCUCUCCAGAUUGGGCAGCCAGCACAUCAGCACUCUGGGAUUUCGGCAUCCCUGGACUUUUAUAGUCGUGAAAGGUGAUGCUUCUUCUGUUGUGGAGGAUCACGCUGUCUAUCAAGGGACCAAGGCGUCCUCAGAGGCCCGGAGCUCUCGUGUUUUCCAUUGGAGUUAUGGGGAGCAUUUUACCAUCACCACCAGCAGCCAGUGGGUGCAAGAGGCAGAGUGGACAGAAUGGUUUGACAGGGAUGAUGAGAGAGGAUCUGGAGACUGGGAGAAACUAUCGGACCUGCAUGAGGCUUAUCCAGACCGACUGUGUAGCAGUCCACUGGACAUCCAGGCUGAAACUCAUGAUGGCAUACCUUCCAACCAGACAGGAGAUGUGAUCCACAAGAAUGACAAGGACUAUGGCUUUGUCUGCCUCAACAAGGACCAGGCUCAUGGCCUCUGUCGCAACUAUAGAGUCCGAUUCCUUUGUGGAAAACUUGUUCGUCCACAGGCCUCCAUUACUAUUGACAUGAUGUCCAAUAGCAGCAUCCUGGAGCUUGCUGACCAACCAGAGGGCUGGGCAUCCGGGGAUAAGGUGGUGGUGGCCAGUACUGAUUACUCCAUGCACCAGGCUGAAGAGUUCAUCCUGCUUCCCUGCACUACCUGCAAACCCAACCAGGUCAAGGUCCAAGGUAAGGCCCAGUUCAUCCACAUGGGUGAGGAGGUGGACGGUGUGGAUAUGAGGGCGGAGGUUGGCCUGCUGAGUCGCAACAUCCUGCUCCGUGGUGAGAUGGAUCCCGGCUGCUAUGGCAACGAGGCCUGCAAAUUCUUUGAUUUCGACACUUUUGGAGGACAUUUGAAGGUGGAGCGGGGCUUCAAGGCAGUUCAUAUAUCUGGCAUGGAGCUGCAGCACAUGGGUCAGCAGACAAUGGGACACUAUCCGAUCCACUUCCAUAUGAACGGAGACGUGGACGAGAGGGGGGGUUAUGACCCCCCCACCUAUGUCAGCGAUCUGUCCAUCCACCACUCUUUCUCCCGCUGCGUAACCAUCCACGCCUCCAAUGGACUGCUGGUAAAGGAUGUGGUGGGCUACGACACGCUGGGACACUGUUUCUUCACAGAGGAUGGCCCAGAGGAGAGAAACACGUUCGACCACUGCCUGGGUCUGAUGGUGCGAGCAGGGACUCUGCUGCCUUCAGACAGAGACAGCAAAAUGUGCCGUUACAUCACUGAAGGAGCAUACCCAGGAUACGUGGCCAACCCACGGCAAGACUGCAGUGCAACUUCAACUUUCUGGAUCGCCAAUCCCAAUAACAACCUCAUCAACUGUGCAGCUGCAGGCUCAGAGGAAACAGGUUUCUGGUUCAUCUUCCACCAUGUGCCCACUGGACCCUCAGAGGGGCUGUACUCUCCCGGACACACUGAACACAUACCUAUGGGCCACUUCAGCAACAACAGAGCUCAUUCCAACUACAGGGCUGGAAUAAUCCUUGAUAAUGGAGUAAAGACCACCCAGGCAAACGACAAGGACAAGAGACCCUUCCUGUCUCUGGUUGGAGCCAGGUAUGGCCCCCACCAGGAUGCUGACCCCUUCAAACCCAGAGUCCCUGCUCUCAUCCACCACUUUGUAGCCUACAAGAACCAGGACCACGGAGCCUGGCUGAGAGGAGGGGAUGUCUGGCUGGAUGACUGCCAAUUUGCAGAUAAUGGUAUUGGCCUCACUCUAGCGAGUGGAGGAACGUUUCCAGAUGACGAUGGCUCUCGUCAGCAGGUGAAGAACUCGCUGUUUGUAGGUGAAAGUGAUAAUCGUGGGAUGUCCUUCCCCGACAACCAUAUCUGGGGCCGAGGGGGUUCUGACCUCACUGGCAGGACCCUCCCGCGUGGCAUUGAUUUCCCCAUCCGGGGCAUGCAGAUCUACGACGGGCCCAUCAAUGUGCAGAACUGUACGUUUCGGAAAUACACGGCAUUGGAUGGACGGCACACCAGUGCUUUCGGCUUCAGGCUCAACAACUCAUGGCAGAGCUGCCCCAACAAUAAUGUCACUGACAUCACUUUCGACCACGUACCUAUCACAUCUCGAGUGUUUUUUGGGGAGCCUGGUCCCUGGUUUAAUAAGAUGCAGAUGGAUGGGGACAAGACGACCAUCUUCCAUGAUAUCGACGGCUCAGUCAGUGAGUAUCCCGGAGCCUACCUGGUGAAAGAGGACAACUGGCUGCUCCGCCACCCCGACUGCAUCGACGUACCCGACUGGAAGGCUGCUAUUUGCAGCGGCCACUAUGCCCAGAUUUAUGUCCAGACACGUAACCCUGCCAACCAGAACAUGCACAUGGUGAGGGAUGAGUACCCUGAUCGGCCCCUGACACUAGAGGGUGCUCUGGGGAAGAGGAAGCACUACCAGCAGUUCCAGCCAGUGAUCACACUUGCCAAAGGCUACACCAUCCACUGGGACCAGGUGGCGCCUACUGAGGUCACCAUCUGGCUCAUCAACUUCAACAAAAAUGACUGGAUCAACGUGGGCCUCUGCUACCCACAAGGCACCACCUUCACCGUCAUCUCAGACAUCCACAACCGCCUGACCAAACAGACACGCAAGACUGGAGUCUUCAUGAGGACCAUGCAGAGGGAGAAGAUCAACCACUCCCACCUGGCCAGAGGCUACUACUACUGGGAGGAAGACACUGGCUUGCUGUUCCUGAAGGUAAAGGCCCACAACGACAGGGAGCAGUUUGCCUUCUGCUCUGUCAAGGGAUGUGAGAGGGUAAAGGUCACAGCCAUCAUCCCUAAAGGCAGUCCACCCAGCAACUGCAUGGCCCAGGCCUAUCCCAGACACACUGAGCUGCCUGUUGUGGAUGUUCCCAUGCCCAGAAAGAUUCCAAGCGCCAAGCUGCACUCAUCAGAACACUUCCUGGAGGUCAGACUGGAGUCCUACAACACUCGCUUCUUCCACAUCAAGGAGGACUUUGCCUUUACUGAGGUGAAUGGCAGGAAGUUGUACCAACCAGAAGAUGGGGUUCAGCUGACAAUAGUCGACGGGCAUGAUGGGAAGGUGGUGGAGAGCAAAGGCUUCAGGAACUCAAUCCUACAGGGCAUCCCUGCACAGCUGGACAACUACAUCAGUGGACUGAGAGACAAUUCUAUUGUUCUCAUGACAUCUAAAGGCCGUCUGGUGACUAGAGGACCCUGGACUAAAGCCCUGGAGAGACUUGGAGCAGACAAAAGCAUCAAACUAAAAGAUAAGCUGGCAUUUGUGGGCUUCAAGGGCUCCUUUCAACCUGACUGGGUCCAUCUGGAGGUGGACACUGACCGAGCCAAGAUCCAUCAGGUCCUGCCUGUCCCUGUGGUCCACAAGAUGAUGCUAUGAGUGGCAGGCAGAGUGGGGAAGACAGCCAAGAGACUAUGUAGCCCCCAUAUACUGACACACAUACCCCCCCACAAGAAUAAACAUGCACACACACAAACACACACACACACACACACCGCCAGCACUGCAGUGUGACAGUCAGUUACUCCAAGCCAUUGGUCCAGGAUCAAAUGGUGUUUUUUUCUAGGCUCGGUGCUGAGAAAGAAUGAUGUGAUUCGGUGUGUUGAUAAGGGGAGGACCCCCAGACUCCCAGAGCCAGCACUGCCCAUGAUGAACCAUAACUGUGUAAGACCCCCAACAUCAGUAGAGGGUUUUAAGGUGACAACACACCCUCUGGCAGCCAUAUUGGAGGUCCUCAGCUCUUUGGCAACAGUGGCUUUCAACAGCCAGCGGUGUUUGCAGAUACAUGGUUGUCUCCACAGACAUUAAUAGACAUGGUUGAUAUUGGUUCUAUUUCUGGUUGAACACUGUCAUUUCAUCACAUUUCAUUUUCAACACAUUUGGUCAUUGUUAUGUUUAUACCUUAUUAGCUUGUCUGCUACAUAACCAUUGGAUUUGGUCAGCCUACCAUUAUUGCCAUUCUGUAAAAACAUCUGUUUUAUGCACCAGCAAACACUGACCGUAACUUAGUUUCAUCUUAACAUCACGGAAAACCUUGUUGAGCUUUAGAGUAGAAACUGGCAUGACAGUUCAACCUUUAAAUAUUUCACAGUACUCAAUCCUCUAACGGACUUCGCUUUUAGUUUACCCCAGCCCACCUGACAUCUACAGUGUCAGAAUGAUGACCUCCUUGAGUCACUGAAUCUAAAUCUGAAUGUGGACACCCUCUGGUGUCACUUUUAGAGGAUGCAGUUAGAUGACGCAGUUGAGUCCAGAGUGUGAAAGCAAAGUGUUUAUAGCUGUUCAGAUAAAGCAUACUCCAAGGCAGGGUGAGAGGCCUGCCAUCAGGGCAAGACACAAUAAUUGCGCAAAUGGUGCAGUCACUCUCUCCAUUAAGGCAUUCAUGAUGUUCUUCUUGUUUGUACAAAGGAUAAAGUGACAAGUAGUUGUCUGAAGAAUGAAAAGAAAUCUUGAGAAAGAAGUUCUGCACACCUGGAUAAUCCAUGUGUGAUGUAGACGUGCUGGUCAGAUUGUCAAUUUUGGAAAGUUACAAAAGUUGUUGGAUGCAGGUUGAGAGAGAAGUUCACAGUUUACCUACAGUCUCACCACAGUACACCUUGCCAAUUGCUGUGUUAAGUAGGUGUGAUGACGGUUUUGAGAAGUUUUAAAAAAUGAAUUGAGGGUUACUUACUGGACAACAGAUAGGGGAGUAGUGGCUAUUUACUAGCUAGGAGCUAGAGAUAAAAGAGCGAAAUCUAAAUCAAUUUUGAAUUCUCAAGUCACAUAGGAUAUUUAUCAAGUCAUUCGCUAGCUUCAAUGGGUAGUCUGUAUAUUCCAUCCAUCUUUUUCUGGUCAGGGUCAUAUUGGCAGCAGGCUGAGCAAAGUAGGCCAAGUUGUCCUUAUCCCUCGCCACAUCCACUGGCUCCUCCUGGGGAUCCUGAGGGCCCAAUGACAUAUGUAAUCCCUCCAGCAUGUUGUGGGUCUGGUCCAGGGUCCCAUCCCAUUUGGGUAUGCCUGGAAUACCUCCACAGAGAUAUCCAGGAGGCAUCCUGAUCAUAUGCAUGAACGACCUAGAUGGGCUCCUUUCAAGAACCCUUUUGGAUCAGCCAAUGACAGACAGAACAAUCUCACUCGGAAGGGAAACUGGACCCCUUCCUGGAUCCAGACAUGGGAGAAGAGCUUGUAUGUGAGUGCUGGGUGGUUAGGCCUGGUGGAGACACCCAUGGGGUCAUCGUGGUGUGGGCUCGCUGCCUACAAGGAAGGGUGAAAAGGUUUGGCAUGUUGCCAGCUGGGUGGCCAGUGAGCAGGCCACACAUCUCAGUCUGGCAUUUCCUGUCCUGUAGACAAAGGCCACUUACCAGCGUACCUGCUCCCUGCAGAAGCUCGUUGAGUUUCUGUAAGGGGCUCAGACAUUGAGUCCCACCAACUAAAAACAGUCUUAGUAUGUUGUUCAACUAAUAGCGAAGUCCGUUACAGAUCUAUGCAAGUGCUCACAGAGCUGAAGUUAUAAAUUCUAACCUCCUACAGUACCAAAGACAUUCAUAUGCAAAUAUUUUGUGUUAGCAAAGAACAUUUAGAGGAAAACAUGAUGUAGCUACAAAGUAAGGAGACUGGGUACAAGACUAUUUUGAACACUGUUCCUUCGAAAAGGGAAGAUCAUGGUCAUGGUAAACAGAUUAAUUCUUUUUCUAAACAAUCUGGUGUGAAAGUUUAUUGAAAAGUUUAGUGGAAGUUUGGUCAGUAUCCGAGUUCAAUUGACAUCUUUUUACCUGUCUAAACAAACCAAACCAAACCAAACAGGUCAACGCACCCAAGGUUGUUUGAAGUGAACCAAAUAGAGAGUAAUAAUUAACACACCAUUAUUAGCUUUAACUUUUUGAUCAUUUCUUCACACAGUGAACACUGGAAAUAAACAUAAAUUGCUAAUAUAAAUAAUUUGCAUAUGACUGUAGUUUGUAGGAGAUUGGGUUUGCCAGUUUACCGAGUCAUAGUAACCUACAUUUGCAAAGAAACCUGCAAUAUUACAUUAUUAUCACUUUCUCAUUAUCAUUAUCAACAGUAAUAAUUUCUAUGAUUUUUUUUGUUUGUUUGUUUUCUAGCCUGGUUGUUUGUUUCAUAUUUACACAUUACUAACUACUGACCAAUUCUCCGAUGGACCUCCAUGAUGUCAGCCACGGUUGCUAGGCAAUUUGUGAUGCAAUUGCGAAGCCUCGAUAUGAACAGAGGUAGCAAACACCAAGCAAGGGUGAGCCAGCUAAUCAAACACAUCAGCAAGAACCCUUCCCAUGCAGGUCUCUGUGAUAUGUGACAGACAUAGAAGUUGAGUGGUUUGAUUGUCCUGCUCUGUUUGACUAAAGUGUUUAAAGAGAGAAAAGAAAAGAAAAAAUAGAAACAUUCCUUGUUUUGCAUCCAAACCAGUGGUUGUUAACUUGCUCUGUUUCAUUCUGAGCACUCGCUCACUUGAUGUUGUGAUGUUUUCCUCUCAUGUUUGUUUCAUAUCUGUGUUCGUGUUCCAUCUGUCUGUGUUUUUGCAGUGAACCAGCAAGAAGCCCAAAACAAUACACAAGAUGAAAUUAAAUUAUCCACUGAAUGUUAAAUCAGGGAGUUUUUAAAUGUGCAAUUUCCCCAUUUCAAAACAACAGAGAAAUCUUUGUUCCAAUCUGGCUUGAAAAAGGAUUCCCCCUCCCUUUGCCGAAAUAGCUGGUCUUUUUUCGGAGGUUGUAGCAGUAACUGAGUGUUUUGUAUGUUUAAUGUGUUUUUAAAAAUCCAGAUUGAUAAGAGAUAUAUUUUAUACUUAUUUAUUGUACAGACACCGUUGAUCCAAAUCUACAAUAAACAUCAUUUGAGUUGUAAUGUUAUUACUGUCCUGUAUGUAUACUGUAUGUAAGAAACCUUUAUAGCUCCAUUUUAAGACUUGUACCAGACACUCACUACAUACGUGUAUAUGACUUGUUUUAACUGUACACCAAAUGGAUGUGUUGUAUAUGUGGCUUGAGCUUGUAAAGUGAUGAAACUCCAUCUUUUUCUUUGAAGACUUUUGUACAGAAAUAAAUGAUGACCAACAGUU